AAUUAGUAGAAAGAAGAAGAAGAUCUUGGAUAACUUAACAUAUGGCUGGGUUACUUGCCAAGUAAGAGCCCGUUUUAUACCUUCUCUCUUCUAAAAAGCUACUCUGUCUGAAAGAAAAAGAAAAAGAAUAUGGCAGCUGUUGAGUUAACAGUAUUUCAGGUCAUCCUGUUGUUCUGGUCAGUGCGUACUGCAGAAUCACAGUUGAUGACAGUGCCUGGAUGUGAAUCUUCUUGUGGAGGCAUUGAUAUUCCAUAUCCCUUUGGAGAGAAAGAAGGAUGUUACCUAGACGAAAGGUUCAAAAUACUCUGCAUCAACUAUAGCAGUGGAGUACUUCCUAAACUUACAGUAAACGGCACUGAUCUGGAGGUGAGAUACAUCUCAGUUGAUGACAGUACGAUUCAGGUCAUGUUUCCAAUUGUUUUUGCAAAUUGUAGUGCCAAAGAUAGAAAUACAGUUGUUGACUUGGAAGGAAGCCCUUUUGUUUUCUCCUCCGAGAAUUACUUCAUUGCAAGGGGUUGUGACAAUCUUGCCUUGAUGACCCAAAAUCAAUCAACUGUUGGUGGGUGUGUGUCGAUUUGUGACAAAAACAGCGAUAGCAUGAUGGCUAGCUGCAGUGGGAUCGACUGCUGCCAGACCAGGAUUCCUUCAUUUCUCAAGGUUUUUAAUGUAACCAUGAAUGGGUUAGGUGAUGGAAAAGGAAGCAGUGGGGAAAAGCAAUGCAGGUAUGCCUAUUUAAUUGAUCAAAGUUGGAUCGAAUCCUGGAGGUAUUAUUAUCUCGGAGGGAACUUUGACCCUUAUGACAUGAGACAUAGGGACUCUGUUCCCGUAGUGCUGGAUUGGGGGAUAGACGAAAGGGUAUUUGAACCACUUUUUAAGAAUGGAUCAUUCUAUAAUUCAGGUUAUUCUUAUUGGUGUAAGAAGGUGAAUUCUUCCAUUAAUUCAACGGACCAGAGCUCCACCGUUCAAUGCUCUUGCUAUCCAGGCUUCGUAGGAAAUCCUUAUCUUUAUGGUUAUUGUCAAGCGGGUAGAGCAUACGACAAUUACCGGCGUAAAAUCAAAGCUAAAAUGGCAGGCAUAGGUGUUGGAGCACUGUUUCUACUCAUUGGUUUAUGGUGGUUGUACAAAGUAUUCAAGAGAAAGAGGAGUGAAAAACUAAAGAAAAAGAACUUCUUUAAGAGGAAUGGUGGUCUUUUACUGCAAGAACAACUAUCUUCAGGUGAAGUCAAUGUCGAGAAAAUCAAAAUGUUUCCUUCGAAAGAAUUAGACAAGGCCACUGAUCAUUACAAUGUGAAUAGAACGCUGGGCCAGGGAGGCCAAGGAACAGUUUACAAAGGGAUGUUGGCGGAUGGAAAAAUCGUUGCAGUCAAGAAAUCCAAAGAAAUUGAUGAAGGGAAUCUCAGACAAUUUAUCAACGAGGUCGUCCUUCUAUCCCAAAUUAACCAUAGAAAUGUGGUUAAGCUUUUGGGUUGUUGUUUAGAGACUGAACUUCCAUUGUUAAUCUAUGAAUUCAUUCCUAAUGGGACCCUUUUCCAGUUUCUCCAUGACCCUAAUGAGGAAUUCCCUUUAACUUGGGAAAUGCGCUUAAGGAUUGCAGCAGAGGUAGCAGAGGCACUUUUCUAUCUACAUUCAGCAGCCUCCCUCCCCAUUUUUCAUAGAGACAUCAAGUCUACAAACAUCCUGCUUGAUAAGGAGUAUAGAGCCAAAGUUGCAGAUUUUGGGACUUCAAGGUCAGUAAGCAUCGACCAAACUCAUGUCACAACUCUAGUACAAGGCACCUUUGGGUACUUGGAUCCAGAGUACUUCCAAUCAAGCCAAUUCACAGACAAGAGUGAUGUCUAUAGCUUUGGUGUGGUUCUUGUUGAGCUACUUACUGGGCAGAAGCCAAUCUCGUUCACAAGAUCAGAAGAACAAGGCAGAAGUUUAGCCACAUAUUUCAUAAUGGUCUUGGAGAGCAACUGUCUGUUUGAUAUUCUUGAUCCUCAGGUUGUGAAGCAAGGGAAAAGAGAGGAUGUGUUGAUGGUUGCUAGCUUGGCUAGGAGCUGCUUGAGGUUAAAUGGGAGAAAAAGGCCUACGAUGAAAGAAGUCACAAUGGCGUUGGAGAGGAUUAAAAAAUCCGAAAACUUGAUCGUCGAACAAGAGAAUGAAUAUGACAGAAAAGAAGUAAUGGGAGCACCUUGGGAUGUUACUUCUGCCUCAACAAUUUCUAGCUUCGAUAUUUGUGCUCCUUCAUCAAUAGAUGAAAAACCACUCUUUCAUACAUGUUGAAAUUAUUUACUACAAGUUUUAAUUUUGUGUUUGUAUGUCAAACUUAAAUAGGCUUGUGGUAUUGGUUUUAGACUUCUAGCACUUGCCUCCUUUUUUCUUGUAAUUGUGUGCUCUAGUUGCCCGUAAUUAGAAAAAGCUUGUCAUCAAA